AUGGACUCAUACUCGUAUCGCGAUGCCUCCGGGCGCUCCCCUCCCGAUCGUGGUUGGGGCGGCCGAGAUGACCGUGUCAAAGAUGAAUCUCGUGGCGAAAGCUUUUAUCGCGGCCGCUCACCUGGCCAUGACCGACCCCGACGUAAUCGAUCGCGUUCGCCUCCACCAGUAGAUAGAUAUGAACCGAGAGGUCGUGGUAGAGAUGAGUAUGCUGGCACUCGCGAUCGAGACGAUCGACGACGUAUCACUUCUCCUCCAGCGAAUAUUGAUCGUUAUGUUCCUGGCCAAGGCGGCGCCGCCGCCCAAGCACCCCAACCUACUGUUAACCCCUUGACCGAUCCGGUCAAGUUGCCUUUUCAGGUUGGGUUUUCGUACUUUGGCGAGUGGUGGAGAACCAACGAGAAGAUUAAGGAGGAGAAAGAGCGCGUACGUACCGGCCGAAGACGUGAACCUGAGCGACCACGUGGUAGGGAUACUCAAGAAGAUCGUGACAAGGAAAAGGCAAAGAUCCAAGCUGCAUAUGAUGCUUACAAGGAAGAACUUCAAGCAAAGAUGGCGAGAACCUUCGUCGCCGAACAUAAGAAGGAGCAAUGGUUUCGUGAACGUUAUGUUCCCGAAGUCCGGGAUGCUCUGCGUAAGCAGAUGAAUGAAUUCCGCCGUGGUGCAUACAGCCAAUGGGAACAGGAUCUAGAAUCUGGCACAUUUGACGAAUUUUCUCUUGAAGGGAUUCCCAAAAGCGAAAGUAAUGGCCUUGGUGGUGUAGUCGAAAAGGAAGAAGGUGAGGCUACAGCGGCCAAUGAAGUCCUAGGAGUUGGCGACCUAGUUCCUGCAAACGGUAGUGACCUUCGGGAUGAGAAUUUGUAUCAGCCUACACUUUUGAUCAAAACCAUCGCGCCACACGUCAGUCGCCAUAAUUUGGAAUCUUUCUGUAAGGAACAUCUCGGCGAGGAAGAGGGUGGCUUCAAAUGGCUAUCACUGAGCGACCCCAACCCGAGCAAGAGGUAUCACCGCAUGGGAUGGGUUAUGCUACAUCCUUCAUCCGAGACAUCGGCACCUGUUGAACGUGCAGAUCCGAAGGACGAUGAUGACAUGGAUGAUGCCAAGAUUGAGUCUCCCGUCGCAACAUCUACCGCCGAUAAAGCUCUUGAAGCUAUCAAUGGAAAGACUGUGAAAGACGAAGUGCGAGGUGACUUCGUAUGUCAUGUCGGUGUUCAUAAUCCCCCUAGCAACCCUCGUAAGAAGGCAUUGUGGGAUCUUUUCUCCGCACCCGAGAGAAUCGAAAAAGACCUCAGUUUCGCUCAGCGACUCGUCAAUAAGUUCGAAGAAGAUUUCGGUUCUGAUUUCAAUGCUACUUUGAAAAUUGAGGAAAGGGUGGAGACACUACGAAGUGUCGGAAGUCUCCAGCCGGCGAUCUCCGCAACAACGCCGACAACAACCAAAAAGUCCAAGAAGGAUCGAAACCUUGACUUUGACGAUACGAUGGAUGAAGGAGAAGAAGGUGAAAUGGGCGAGUCUGACGAAGAGGGCGCUGUGGAUGAUGAAGUUGACGACGAAGAGUUACUGGUGAAGAAGAAACAGCUCGAUCUUAUGAUAGAGUAUCUUCGCCGCGUCUUCAACUUUUGCUUCUUCUGCGUUUUUGAGAGCGACUCUAUUCACGAGUUGACGAGGAAGUGUCCUGGAGGUCAUCUACGCCGACCUCGCAGUACACUUUCGUCUGCUGCUAAGAAUGUUGCCCGUGCCAGUGCUAGUGGAGAUGCUUUCCCAGCAAAGAAGCCGAAGGAGAUUAAAGAUGAGGAGGAAGGAGAAGCAACUGAGCCGGACCGCAAAUUUCGCAAUGCUCCCAAAUCCGAACAACAACUCGAACGAGCCUACAAAUGGGUUCGGACUUUUGAGGAUAAGAUAAUGCAAAUCCUCGAGCCUGAAUCAGUAGAUGUCCGAAAGCUUGGCGGCAAAUCAACUGAGGACGCCCUCAAUGACGAGUUAUCCAAGUUUGUGAAGCAGGAAGAUGAGCACAAGUGGAGAUGCAAGGUUCCCGAGUGCACGAAACUCUUCAAAGAGGACCACUUCUGGAAGAAACAUGUCGAAAAACGCCACACGGAUUGGUUGGACGGUAUGAAGCAAGAGUUCGAUCUCAUCAACGCAUACGUUCUAGACCCUGCACAUAUCGCGCCGUCUCGAACCGAUGCUAACAGCAAUGGUCAUUUCCCACCUUCUAAUGGCCAGACUCAGCAAGGCACUCCGCGUGGAUUUAACCUUCAGAACUUUACCAUGAACAACAUGGUACCGCCGUUCCCCGGUUUCCCGGGUAUCCCGCCCAUGCCUACACUCUUCGCCGGUGGUCACGGUGUCCAAGCUGCCGGCUGGAACGCCGGGGGUGAAGAACGUGGAACUGGCCCCAUUCGCCGUGGUGGCGCCAAUGCUGGGCGAUUCCAAAACCGUACCGGACCCUACGACCGUCGCCAACAACAGGGACGUUGGGGUCAGGAUGGCCAGGGCGCCGGACGCGGACGAGGAGGUGCUGGUCGAUGGGGCGACGGAGCUGCUGGCGGAGCGGCAGUCGGCCCCCGUGAAGCGGUUCAGGGUCGUAGCCUGAAAAGCUAUGAAGAUUUGGACCACGUUGCGGGAGGUGGUGGCGGUGAGCUAAACUACUAG